GAGGCGGGGCGGGGGGAGGAGGAGGAGGAAGCGGAGGGGCAGCGGACGGGCGGGAGGCGGAGGGGGGGCGCCCCCAAGAUGGCGGACCAGAUCCCGCUGCACCCGGUGCCGCGCAGCACCCAGCGGAGAGCGGCCUAUUACACGAGCGCCGCCGCGCCGCAGAGGCACAGCAGGUACCAAGUGGAAGAUGAGUCCUCUCAUUUGGAUGAAAUGCCACUAAUGAUGUCAGAAGAAGGCUUUGAAAAUGAUGAGAGUGAUUACCAUACUCUACCAAGAGCCAGAAUUUCUCAGAGAAGAAGAGGCUUAGAAUGGUUUAUCUGUGGUGGAUGGAAGUUCCUUUGCACUAGUUGUUCUGAUUGGCUCAUAAACAUCUGCCGAAGAAAGAAAGAAUUGAAGGCUCGCACAGUAUGGCUUGGGUGUCCUGAAAAGUGUGAAGAAAAAUACCCCAAAAAUGCCAUAAAAAAUCAAAAAUACAAUGUCUUCACAUUUAUACCUGGGGUUUUAUAUGAACAGUUCAAGUUUUUCUUGAAUCUGUAUUUUCUCGUCGUGUCCUGCUCACAAUUUGUACCAGCAUUGAAAAUAGGCUACCUGUACACGUACUGGGCUCCUCUGGGAUUUGUUUUGACGGUCACAGUGGUACGGGAAGCCGUUGAUGAAUUUCGACGUUACAAGAGAGACAAGGAAAUGAAUUCACAGUUAUAUAGCAAGCUGACAGUACGAGGUAAAGUGCAAGUUAAGAGUUCAGACAUACAAGUUGGAGACCUCAUCAUAGUGGAAAAGAAUCAACGAAUCCCAUCUGACAUGGUGUUUCUCAGAACAUCGGAAAAAACUGGUUCAUGUUUCAUUCGAACUGACCAGCUUGAUGGAGAAACAGACUGGAAACUGAAGGUUGCUGUCAGUUGCACACAAAGAUUGCCAGCUUUGGGGGAUCUCUUUUCAAUCAAUGCUUAUGUUUAUGCUCAGAAGCCACAGCUGGAUAUUCACAGUUUUGAGGGUACCUUCACACGGGAAGACAGUGAUCCAGCAGUUCAUGAAAGUCUAAGCAUAGAAAAUACAUUAUGGGCAAGCACUGUUGUUGCUUCAGGAACUGUAAUUGGUGUUGUCAUUUACACAGGCAAGGAAACUCGAAGUGUAAUGAACACAUCCAACCCGAAAAAUAAGGUUGGCUUGCUGGACCUGGAGUUGAAUCAACUGACCAAAGCCCUGUUUUUGGCUUUAGUUGCACUAUCAGUUGUUAUGGUAACCUUGCAAGGGUUUGUAGGCCCAUGGUAUCGCAACCUUUUCCGGUUCCUCCUCCUGUUUUCCUAUAUCAUCCCGAUCAGUUUACGUGUGAACUUGGACAUGGGUAAGGCAGCCUAUGGGUGGAUGAUUAUGAAAGAUGACAAUAUUCCUGGAACAGUUGUUCGAACUAGCACCAUACCAGAAGAGUUGGGACGAUUAGUUUAUUUACUAACGGAUAAAACAGGAACACUUACACAGAAUGAGAUGAUAUUUAAGCGCCUCCACCUAGGUACUGUGUCCUAUGGAACAGACACAAUGGAUGAAAUUCAGAGUCACAUUAUAAACUCUUAUUCACAGGUGCACUCUCAGAAUAGUGGAAACAGUACAAGUUCAACACCAUCUAGGAAACCUCAGUCAUCUGCACCCAAAGUCCGCAAGAGUGUCAGCAGUCGGAUACACGAAGCAGUGAAGGCCAUAGCACUGUGUCACAAUGUGACCCCGGUAUAUGAAUCCCGGGCUGGUGUGUCUGGAGAAACAGAGUAUGCAGAGGUGGAUCAGGACUUCAGCGAUGAAAAUCGAACUUACCAGGCUUCCAGCCCUGAUGAGGUAGCUCUGGUGCAGUGGACAGAGAGUGUCGGUCUCACUCUGGUUAACAGGGAUCUGACCUCAAUGCAGCUGAAGACCCCUGGUGGACACAUUCUGACGUACUAUAUUCUGCAGAUCUUUCCCUUCACUUCUGAGAGCAAGCGCAUGGGGAUCAUAGUUAGGGAUGAAUCUUCAGGAGAAAUUACAUUUUACAUGAAAGGUGCAGAUGUUGCAAUGUCCACUAUUGUACAGUACAAUGAUUGGUUAGAAGAAGAGUGUGGUAAUAUGGCACGAGAAGGACUGCGUACGCUGGUCGUUGCCAAAAAAUCACUGACUGAAGAGCAGUAUCAAGAUUUUGAGAGUCGAUAUAACCAAGCAAAGUUAAGCAUACAUGAUAGAAACCUGAAGGUUGCUGCUGUGGUAGAAAGUUUGGAGCGAGAAAUGGAAUUGCUGUGUCUCACUGGAGUAGAAGAUCAGCUGCAAGCAGAUGUUAGACCAACUCUAGAGAUGCUAAGAAACGCUGGAAUAAAGAUAUGGAUGUUAACAGGAGAUAAACUGGAGACAGCAACUUGCAUCGCGAAAAGUUCUCACUUAGUGUCUAGGACUCAAGAUAUUCACAUUUUCAGACCUGUUACCACUCGAGGAGAGGCUCACUUAGAACUAAAUGCCUUUAGGAGGAAGCAUGACUGUGCCUUGGUGAUAUCUGGGGACUCACUUGAAGUUUGUCUGAAGUAUUAUGAGCACGAAUUUGUAGAGUUGGCUUGUCAGUGUCCUGCUGUAGUGUGCUGCCGAUGUUCUCCCACCCAAAAAGCUCAUAUUGUGAAACUGUUACAGCACCACACUGGAAAACGCACAUGUGCAAUAGGUGAUGGAGGAAAUGAUGUCAGCAUGAUCCAAGCAGCAGACUGUGGAAUCGGAAUUGAAGGCAAGGAGGGAAAACAAGCUUCCCUGGCAGCUGACUUCUCUAUCACACAGUUUAAACACAUAGGUAGGCUGCUGAUGGUACAUGGUCGAAACAGUUACAAAAGAUCAGCAGCACUUGGUCAAUUUGUCAUGCACCGAGGCCUUAUUAUUUCAACUAUGCAGGCUGUAUUUUCAUCAGUCUUCUAUUUUGCAUCUGUUCCCUUGUACCAAGGUUUCCUAAUGGUAGGGUAUGCAACCAUAUAUACUAUGUUUCCAGUCUUCUCUCUCGUAUUGGAUCAGGAUGUGAAGCCAGAAAUGGCAUUGCUAUAUCCAGAGCUUUAUAAGGAUCUUACAAAGGGAAGAUCUUUGUCAUUUAAGACCUUCCUCAUCUGGGUUUUAAUCAGUAUUUACCAAGGUGGUAUUCUGAUGUACGGAGCCCUGCUGCUUUUUGAAUCUGAAUUUGUACACGUCGUUGCCAUUUCCUUCACUGCCCUAAUCUUGACUGAGCUCUUGAUGGUUGCACUGACCAUACGAACGUGGCACUGGUUAAUGGUGGUGGCUGAAUUCCUCAGUCUUGGCUGCUAUGUGGCCUCUCUUGCAUUUCUAAAUGAAUACUUUGGUAUAGGCAGAGUGUCUUUUGGAGCUUUCUUAGAUGUUGCCUUUAUCACAACUGUGACCUUCCUGUGGAAAGUGUCAGCAAUCACUGUUGUAAGCUGUCUUCCACUUUACAUUCUCAAGUACUUGAAGCGCAAAUUUUCUCCUCCAAGUUACUCCAAGCUUACCUCGUAAAAGUAAUUAUAUUCCUAUGGUUUUUCACUUACACCAGUCUUCAAAUUGCACAUGCACUGUGCUUUAGUGUCUAUGGAUUUAUGUUGGACUAAAGAAAUGGAAAAAAAAAAGUGGUAGAGUGAAUAGAGCACAAAAAGAGGAGGAAACAUCUGACAGGUACACUAACAUGGAAGUACUCUAACAAGACUAUCACAGAUACUCUAGAUUUUCUUCAUGUUAAUUUUUUUUUUUACUUUCAGUUGCUAUGAUUAUAAAAUAAAACUGAAUUACCUUUGAUUUGACAAUGCUUCUGAAUGGUGUCAUUGCUACCGUAAAGGAUUUUUGGCUACUGUAAAAGAUUUUUUCCUACCGUAAUCUUCUGCAAGUUGAAUUGAAAGUUUUGUUAUUUAUAACUUCCCUUCCUUAAUUAUUACAUAACUUCCUAAUUCAAGUCCUUUCCUUUAAUGAUUAUAAAUGGAAAAGUUCAUUUGUCCAUACUUACUAUAACAAAUCUAAUACCUGUAAAUGCCUGUGUCUGUAUUAGCAGCUAUUAUUCCUCAUCAGACAUUGAGUAAUAUGCACUAUUUGAAUUAUGUACAGAUGUCUGCAUAGCACAGUAUUAUUUUAGGAGCUGUUGUCCUAUUCUGUACUCUCCAUUUCUGGCACCAGUAAAUAUUACAGAUCUGUGGUGUUGACAACAGUUCUUUAAAUGCACAUUACAGCCAGGUUGCACAAAAGCUGUUUAAAAAUUAAGUUAUAAAUUCUGUACAUAAUUCCACUGCACCUAUUGGUCUGUACAGAUAUCAAAGACAUGGCUGCUCAGUAAAUAUGUUUUAAAAUUCUUAUUCAUUUUGUAUUUGUAAAACUGCAAAUAGUGUCAAAGUACAUUUCUAUAUAUGAGAAGUCCAGUAAACCUUGUAUUAGCUAAUAUGUUUAAAUUGCCUUGUAAUCUGUUUACUUAGGUUACUCAGGUAAAAGAAAGUAAGAUGAACACAUGAGCAUUAUGGUAGAAAAAUCUAUCAUCUUCUGAGUUGUAAAUGUUAUGUUUUUAUAAUUUAGUUUGGGUGCAAACUUGUUUAAAAAAAAAUCAAAACAUUUUUGCUUGUUGUAAACUGUCAGUUGAGUAUCUUGGCUGAGUUAUAACACUUCACAGCAGUUGAAGAGUGUCAGUAUGAGCUCGUACACUCUGAUACAAUCUGAAGGGCCCAAAUCUUGCAUACUGUACUGGAAAGCAGGAUAUAUUAUUUUAGUUUUCCAUUGUGUUACAACUUUGCUUUCUCAAGAAGUAAGUAUAACGAAUUUGGCAUAGUCUAUUAAGCGGUGGAAAUGAAUAGCAUAAUUGUCCAUGCUUUAUUUAUCAAAUAUUUAUGUGUGUGUUUUUAAAAAACACUUAAUACAGAUGUCAUUUUUAUGUUUGACUGUAGGCCUUUAUAACAUAAUUCCUUGUUUAGUGUCUUAUAACUUUGUCCUUACGCCAUUAUUAUAUUGGGUGAGUAAUACUUAAGUGAUAAAUAUAACUACUUCCUGGGAGAGCAGAGGAAACUGCUGCAGAGCUAUUUGGACUCCACUCCAUUAAUUUUUGUUUUGAGAGUUUUUCUUACUAGCUAUUUAUGUGCUUUUUUUAUUUUUCAUUUUCAUUCCUCAUUAUAAAAGCAAUAAAGCCUAAUUUCUACCAAAUAUUAUUAAUGGUAUAUGUAUGAAACGAAAUACUGAAGUAGUGUUUCUUUUAAUUACACAACACUGCAGACUGGUUUGCUCUCCCCCUCUGUAAACUCACUUCUGUAAAGCCCCCACAAGAUGUCACUGUUCUUGCAUAGUAGCAGAAGCCUUUCUUCAUUUCAUACGGUUUUGGCAAGCUAUUCUGGGUUUCUAUUUUUAGUUUAGUCCUCUGAUAUUUUUGUUGCUGAUUUGCUUUAAUUUUCUAUUUUUCCCCAAUAAGUGGUAAUUACUUUGAAUCAAUUAAGAGAAGUCACCAGCGUGCACUCGUUCUGAAAUGUUGGUGAUGUUUUCUUGAGACGUUUUUCUUACACAUGGUGAGCUCACAACCAGAUGCAUACAAUUCAGUAGAUCAGCAAAAGCUUAGAGUUGGUCAUCCUUCACCUGCACAUCACAUCCGUGACAUUAGGCAGAAAACGAGAAAACAUCAGAAAUUAAACUAGCAGUAUGAAAGUGGGAGCGUUACCGUCAUACAGCUGUAUGCGAUACAGUCGUAUCUCUGUGUAGAGAAUUUAUUGCGUACAUAUAUUAAUCCUCAGCGUUAAGACUGUGAGGUUAGUGUGAUAGCAAAUGUGAUCCUGCACACAGAUAGUAAGCCUUUCAAAAGUGGAGUCAAUUCUCUAGAGUGCCUGCUUUCUUAGAGUGUUAUUAAUAUAUAUCAAAGGUCUAGUUUCAGCUAGCACUUUAUUUUGAAGACCGCGGAAGUCCAAUUCAGGUGACUUACCUUGCUUUUGAGGUUCAGACACCCCAAAACUAUGUGUACCAGGUAAGUCUGCUUUCUGUUCAUUCAUGUCACUCAGCCACAGCCCUGUAAAGGGGUAGCGCUACCAAAUCACAGUGGUUUACAGGUAACAGUAUCAGUAAGAAUUUACGUAUUGUAAUAUGUCAUCUUUCAGUAGAAAGCUUCAACGUGUUGUGUAUUUUAGUACAAAGUAGGCUAAGUACCAUCACAAACCCUGGCUCUUAAAACAGACUAGAAUGGUAACAUGUCUGGUGUGCAGGUGAAUAAAUUAUUUUGUAAGAA